CUCUUUGUUUUAUUUCAUUCAAAACCAGGUUUUCCAUGUUGCCCGUUUCUUUUCCUUGGGAUACGAGUCUUUAUAUUUGCUUCUUCUUCCUUAUUUCAGGCAGCUUGAAAAAGGCAGACAUACUAUAAGUCUGUUUUUUCUCCGAGGGAAAUUUAGUUCUUGGGGUGGUUUAGCAAUGGCCGGUGUGUUGCCUGGUGUUGAAUGUGCUCGGAGGAGGAGGUUCCAUCGAAGCGGAGAUUCACUUGGAGCCCCAGCACAUGGCUGGACAAGAAGGCCAUCUUUUUGUUUGUACACAAGCAGCCAUGAAAAUCAUCAUGGUUCAAUCUCUUCUGUGAAUUGGAUUGAAAAGCCAAAGCAAAGAAGCAUAUUAAAUCAGGCAUACGAGGAUGAGAAGCUGGGAGCAGUGGCAAAAGAAGCAAAGGAAAGAUUAGAUGAGAGGCUAAGAAUGCAAAAGAAGAAAUCAGAAAUCACAAGGAAAACAAUGGCUUCAGCACAAUUCAUAUGGCACAAAAGCACAGGAAAUCUAAGAGGUGUGGAUGGCAGAUCAAUGGUACUAGGGGAAUUGCAAAUGGAGGUGUAUAGUCCCAAGAGGAGUGGGUCUAAGAGACUCAACUGGGCCAAAUUGAGCUGGAAAGCUGCUGACCAAGACGAGUGCACCAUCUGCCUUGAUCGGUUCAAGUCUGGUGAGACCUUGGUGCACCUUCCUUGUGCACAUAGGUACCACCCCAAAUGUUUGGUGCCAUGGCUAGAAAACAAUGGCCAAUGCCCUUGUUGCAGAAUGGAAAUACAUGUUGAACUUUCGUAGAAGCAUUGCUCUCUCUCUCUCUUUCCUCUCUUUGUAGGUACCAAUUAGGGUUUUGAGAGCAGCUUUGUUUGCUUUAAUAGAGUAAUUUGGGGUGUGCCAAGACAUGUAGUGCUUGGCUUCUCUGUGUUCGUAAUUUUCAGUUUUCCAUAUUAGCAACAGAGAUUUUGGGAAAUUAAGUCUACUGACAAAGUAGUAUACAAAUGAUUUCUUUUUUAA